AUGCCCACCAGCAGUGAGGAGUCGGACUUGAGGUGGGACAGAGUUGAGGCACGUGAAGCUCACUAUCGCCAAAGUAGUCAGGGGAACCCCCAGCCACCGAAUGCAAAAAAACGCAUCGACUCGAUUGAGCUUGGCUUGAUGGGUACUCACUUCGAGGUCGUUUCCGAGGAUGAAUCAUUCCCUGCGAGAAUUGAUGAUUUCACCGACAAUGAAGCUGCAGGUCCUAGUUGCGGCGCUGAACUGAAAGUCCGCCGGGAUUCCAUUUACGACCAACCCGACUCGGAUAGCAGUGUCGCAAAAAAACCGAUUGCGGAAACUGGGUUUACUCCUAAGUGGGGUCCAUACCUUCCGCUGUCCGAGAUGAUAGAGACUCGACGGCAGUUGUUGAGUAGCAGUAAAAAAGCGACCACCGUCUCUGUCGACCACUAUCGAUCCCGGCGUACACGAGGAACAGAGUCCGACUCCUGA